AUGCCUGCCCAAGAUGCAGCUAGCCAUGAGCCUGCAACGGUCACGAACCCGAGUCAGGUCCUCUCACAUAGUGAUGAGCCUCAGCGUUCUCAGGAGGCGCAGAAGAACAAGGCCAUAUCUUCCAUCAGCAACAUCCUCAAGUGGCUCUGUUUCGGGGAACGUCGAAAGGAACAGGACGGUAGAUCCAUGACUUUCGCGAAUCUGGACUAUAUUCUGCCACAAUCGCUUGACGAUAGCAGCAUUCAAGCGGCUGUCUUUGAUUUCUUCAGACGUAUCGACGCGCAUGUCAAUAGCCGCUUCUAUCCGGACCAUGUUCGCCUUGACGAGGAAGACGCUGUCAAUGCGGCACCUCAGUCGGCACACCAUGCUACGCAGCCAGGUCUUGACGUUGGCGCGUUACUCCGCUAUGAGCGAGCCCGCUUCCAGACGAUCAAGUCGCUGAUUUGCGGCGAGGUGCUUGAAGCCAUUGAUUUCUACGGCGAUCAAAGCAAGUCGCUGUUGCCGAAAGUUGUCACAGCUUUCUUGAGUAAGGUGGCUAAACGACGCGAAGACGAUCAUCCAAAUAGGCUCUCCACGUCUCGCUGGAGGACGAGCACCGGCUAUCUGCUCGGCGACCGCCAAAGUCCUGAAGACCAGGCAGCUCGUGACGAGGCCAUCCAAAAGAUUAUUCAGACACUCAACCCUAUUCUGCAGCCGUUUGCUGACCCGAAACACGAGGACACUCGCCAGGCUGAUCUUGUUUUCAUCUGCAGAAAGGCUGAGCAGCUCGGCAUGAUACUACUUGCUCAGCCAGCCGAAUGGAUGUUCGACUGGACGUCAGAUCCGGAACCUGUGUCUAAAGAACCAGGAAGAUGCCCGGUCACCUCUCGCCCAUUCGUUGUGUUUCCAGCCUUGGUCAAAGUCACUGACAAAUCUGCUCGAGUCAUUGAGCCGCCGCAGAUAGUUUUGAGUCAGAAGAAAGUGUCUUUUGGAAGCUGGAAGCUUGACGCCCAGGUCCUUUGGGAGAAGCCGCCUCAUGGGGGAAGCAAGGAGGAUGUCACGCCGUAG